AUGGAAGCUGCUACUUCGCUGCAAGAAACACGGCCUCAGGGCAGCGGAAAAGUAAAUAACAGCAAGAAGAAGCCGAGAGACUCUGAUAAAUCCAAGGCGGCUACUAAUGUCGAGACCGAUGGCCCCCUCGAAUUAAAUCCCUCGGCAGCCUUUCUCGACGAACGUCUUGAUCUGUACAAGACGCUCAAAGCAAAAUUUGACGCUGAGAUAGCCGCAAAGCCACGCGAGGCAAUUACUAUAACACUCGCUGAUGGAAGUGUCAAGGAGGGAACAUCAUGGGAAACGACGCCUGCAGAAAUUGCCAAAGGCAUUUCAAAUAGUCUUCUAAAGCGCACGAUCGUCGCUCGACUGAACAACAGUGAUGAUCAGCUGUGGGACCUCGAGAGACCUCUCGAAGCGAGCUGCAAGCUAGAACUCCUUUCUUUCGAAGAUGACUUGGGCAAGAAGGUCUUCUGGCACUCGAGUGCUCAUAUUUUAGGAGAGGCUUCAGAAAGAAGAUUUGGAUGUAGCCUCUGCAUUGGUCCACCUAUCGAUAAUGGCUUCUACUAUGAGAUGGCUCUACCUAACGGGGCUGCCGUCCAACAGUCAGACUGGAAACCCAUUGAGACUCUUGUUAGUCAAAUAGUUAAAGAGAAACAAUUAUUUGAGCGUCUUGUUCUUUCCAAAGACGACUUACUGAAGAUGUUUGCUUACAACAAGUAUAAGCAACAUAUAAUCAAGGACAAGAUCAAGGAUGGCGAGUUCACCACUGUCUACCGUAAUGGACCGCUCAUAGAUCUAUGUCGAGGACCUCAUGUACCUCACACCGGAAAGAUUGAAUCAUUUGCGAUAAUGAAGAAUUCGGCAUCUUACUUUUUAGGAAAUAAAGACAAUGAUUCGUUGCAACGAAUUUAUGGAGUAUCGUUCCCUGACAAAAAGCAAAUGACGGAACAUAAAAGGUUCCUCGAAGAAGCUGCAAAGCGAGACCACCGAAAGAUUGGUAGAGACCAGGAACUAUUCUUCUUUCAUGAAAUGUCGCCUGGAUCGGCAAUGUGGCUACCCCAUGGCACUCGUAUAUACAAUACUAUUACGUCAUUCUUGAGAGAAGAAUACUGGAAGCGUGGCUAUAAUGAAGUAAUCACGCCUAACAUGUAUAAUUCAGAGCUAUGGAAGAUAUCUGGCCAUUGGGAUUAUUAUAAAGACGACAUGUUCACUUUUGGUGUCGAGAAAGACACGUUUGCACUGAAACCUAUGAAUUGUCCAGGUCACUGCUUAAUGUUUGCACAUCGUGAAAGAAGUCACCGAGAACUUCCAUGGAGAGUAGCUGAUUUUGGUGUUCUUCAUCGCAAUGAGGCAUCCGGUGCAUUAUCAGGAUUAACUCGAGUCCGACGAUUUCAACAAGAUGACGCGCAUAUAUUCUGUCGUGAGGACCAGAUUAAAUCAGAAAUAAUAGACUUAUUCGAUUUUUUAAAUUCUGUCUAUGGUCUACUUGGGUUUACAUUCAAGAUGAAACUUUCAACGCGACCAGAAAAGUAUAUGGGAAAGCUUGAGACUUGGGAUGCUGCCGAGGAUAAGCUUCGAAAAGCGCUCGAUGAAUUCGUUCCUGGAGAGUGGGAACUCAAUGAAGGAGACGGGGCCUUCUAUGGGCCAAAGAUAGACAUAACUAUCUCAGAUUGUUUGAGACGACAGUGGCAGUGUGCAACAAUACAACUUGAUUUUCAGUUGCCUCAAAAUUUUGGACUUGAGUAUAUGACUUCUGAAGUACUUGUGAAAGGAAACGGCACUAUUGAUGCUAAGAAUAUAGUAGCUGAAGAAACCAAAGUAAAAGAUGAGAGCAGUGCAUCAGAAACCAAGAAAUUGCGUGAUAUUAAACCCUUGACGCCAGGCUGUGCGAGACCCGUAAUGAUUCACCGGGCUAUUGCAGGUAGCAUUGAACGCUUUACUGGAAUCUUGACAGAACAUUUUGCCGGAAAGUGGCCUUUUUGGCUCAGUCCGCGACAGAUAUUGAUUAUUCCUGUGGGGGUUGGAUUCUUUGAAUAUGCUCAGGAACUACACGCCAUUUUCAAAGCGCAACAAAUGUUUGUCGAUGUAGACCUUAGCGGUAAUACCUUACAGAAAAAAAUACGGACAGGACAGUUGGCCCAAUACAACUUUAUAUUUGUCGUUGGCGAUCAGGAGAUGAAGGGACGAGAAGUCAAUGUCCGAAAUCGUGAUGAUACCUCCAGUCAGGAUCGCGGGAAGCCUGUCCCUCUCCAAGAGGUUAUUACCAAACUCGUUUUGUUACGAGAUGAGCGAAGAUCUGACAACCCAUUCCCCGGAGACGCCAAGGUAACUGGAAAAGACAAAGCUGAUGCAUGA